AAAGUACUCGUGGUUGUUUUUGUAUUGAUCGCGAUGAUUUUUGUAGAUGUUCAUUACAGAGAUUAGUUUCAGACGUGUCAGCGCAGGCAGUCCGAUGGAUACCUAUUCAGCGAGGGGCGGUGACAGUGAGCACAUGCCUUCCCUUGGAGCUUCGCUAUUUGUUGUUCUGGGGCUUUAUAAAACGUCCCGCUUUGUCAUUGGCUCUAUCGGCUGUCUGUCAGUCUCGCACUGUGGUUAAGUAUUUAAACGCGUGGGGCUGCUGUGCGCGAGAUCACACACACACACACACACACACACUCGUGCGCGAGCGCUCGAUAGAGCGAACAAUUUUUAAUAUAAUAAUUCGUGUUUUCCGGAACGAAUUUAGGAUGAAUAGCUGUAUUUCCAUUGAAAGUGCAUGUCCACUUGUUUUGGCCUCGGUGAGGGGGGAUUUGUCGUUUUAAAGUGAACCGUGCGCGUUAUUUGAGUGUUCUCUUUUUGCGCACACACUCGCAGCGCGAGAAGCGAUCGCGCAGUGUGUAUUAUUUAGUGUGUUUGUGUGCGUCAGGAGGGAGGAGAUUCAUUGAGGAAUCGCGUUGUGCUGCAUUAUUCAUGAGCUGUGAAGAGUCCCUCCUGGGGGCGUGGUUGUUUACAUUGGCUGGGGGAGUCUGCCUGGCUGUGUUAUAUUAAUGUCACAUUAGUACAUUACCCUAAAGUCUACUGAGCUCUAUUUACUCGACAACUUUAGUCAAAAUCUGUGCUGUCAAACCUCCUCCAGAGGUUCAUGGAUCCUGACUGUGAUGUCCGUACAAAGUGAGCUUCCCAACAGUGGCGAGAUGCUGCAGAGGCCAGCCAUCCUCCUCCAGGACGCGGGGACCACCGACAUGGUGCUAACAGAACUCGCUGGCAAUCACAUGGCCCGUGACGGCGGGCUCGUUGAGGGGUCCUUACAGAUGAAAAACGCUCUUCAGUCACAAGCAGUCGCGCCGCCGCAGCAGAAGCUAAAUAGACGGCGUUACAGCGUGAACGUGGGAUUCAAACAUCCGGGCCAGAGCAAACGCAGGCGGCGCGCUAACUCGGAAUGCGACCCCGUGCUACCCACCAACUUCCUGCUGGGUGGGAAUAUCUUCGAUCCCUUAAAUCUCAACAGUCUUUUGGAUGAGAAGGUCAACAAGGCGCUAAAUGCCCAGACACCCAAAUCGUCGCCUCUUCCUGUGAAAAACAGAGACCCUGUGGAGAUUCUGAUCCCAAAGGACAUCACAGACCCUCUGAAUUUAGGUGGAGAUGCGGGCACGGGCGUGUUGCUUUCUCCCGUAAAGAGCAGACGCAGACAUCGCAAUCGACACCACGGUGCCGUGGUGGUAGGCCUCACUGGGCAGCUCGACCCAUCGCACAGCGAGAAGUCAAAGGUCAGCGAGGGGGCGGUUUCAGGCUUGUCGUUCUCUCCCAUUAGCACGCCGGGGACAGAGGCCGAUGUGUCUGCAGAGAGCACAGUGAAGGAGUCGCCGCGCCCCUAUGAGCUCAACACCUCCAUCAACUGUAGAGAUGAAGUGGUGCAGCCCAUACUGCCACGAAGACGGUCCCACCCCUCCUCGUCUAGCUCCGCCCCUCAGACCCAGCCCAGACCCGCCUGCUCUGCUGUUCAGCCGUCCAAACACAGGAAGCGCAGACGAACCAGCAGCCGCUCGGAUCGCCUGUCAAUCACACCGACUCCGUCCACAAAGCAGACGAUCGCAGCGAAAGCACACAGUCAAGCGUUUCACACUCCUGUCGUAGGCGGCGGAGCUUUUCCCUCUGUGACUCGCAGAAUCCAACUGAACCCACGCAGACCGCGGCGUAACUUCCAGCACGGCACCUGCAGCCGUUAUUACGGUUACCGCACGCCAGCGCUGAACGCCGACCCGAGAUUGGCCGUCUUUAGACCCGAGUGGUUUCACGGCAAAAAAGUUCUUGACGUCGGCUGUAACACGGGUCACAUCACACUAGCAAUCGCCCGACACUGGAGUCCCGCCCACAUCAUGGGUGUGGAUAUUGAGGAGGAGCUGGUGCAUGCUGCCAGACUGAACCUUCGGCAUUUCCUGUCAGAGCUGUGUGGACAGCAGGAGAGCCACAGAACACCGACAGAUGUGAGCGGUGAAAUAGGUGAAGGGUCAGAGGUGACGGGUGAAGGGUUACCACCGCUGAUGAAGCUGGAGCAGGCUCAAGCCUUCCGCAGGUUCCCUCUCUCUUUCACACGCUGCAGAGGACCCAUCGCAUCUCCUCCCAUAAUGCGUCACAUCCCCGGCCUGUUCCCUUCAAACCUAUUCUUCAUGCAGGGCAACUAUGUGCCAGACAGUGAUGCGGCUGUGAUGUCACAGCGUGAGGAGUAUGAUGUCAUUCUCUGUCUGAGUUUGACUAAGUGGGUUCAUCUGAAUUUUGGUGACGCUGGAAUCCAGAGACUGUUUCACCGCGUCUACAGACACCUGUUACCUGGAGGACUUCUGAUCCUCGAGCCUCAGCCCUGGAGCUCGUACUCCCGCCGCAAAAGACUUACGGAGGUGACACACAGAAACUACAGCAGUAUCAGACUCAAGCCGGAUCACUUCAGCUCAUACUUGACCUCAGAUGUGGGGUUCAACUGCUACGAGCUUCUGGAAACAUCUCAAAACUCUCAUAAAGGAUCUCAGAGGCCGGUUUACUUGUUUCAUAAAGGCUCGUCCAAUAACAGGAAGUGAUAUUUCUCAGACAGGAAGAGGAAGUGUGUCUGGAUGAAGUGUGGCGACCUCUAGUGGAUGAGUGGAGGUGUUCGUCUGCGUUCAGCGAUGUGUUUUGUGGCGGGUUUGAACAGAUUUAUUCUCCAGGAGUCUGUGUGUGAACUCCUCCCACAGUUCCUCUGGGCCCACCCUAACCCGCAGCAUCACUUAAGUGUCGUCUGUGUGUAACAGGAACACACGUGCACUUUCCUUUAGUGUGUGUCUGGAGGAUGACAUCAUGAGAGCUCUGAAACUCUCUGAAGAAAAUUACACAAACUGUUUUUGAGUGACAUGUUUAAAAUAAACACAGACAUGAUGUCAACAGAAUGUCCUCACGCACACAGUGAAAUAUCAUGACAACUAACUUGACUGCUCCUCAGUAAAUAAAAAUGUGCGUAAGUCGGUCAAAUCUUUUAAUGUAGUGUCCUGCACAUGUUUGUUUGGGGGGUGAUGGGAAAUAUCAUUAGACUGAGAAAAAUAUAUAUAUUAGACUGAUAUAAAAUCCAUGAAAUGACCUAGAUUGUGCAAGCAAUAAAGGAGGAGGUUUU